GACCCAACUCCGGCAGAUUUUUAAGGCGGCAACCCAUGGACAUUCGCAGCUUCUUCACGCCGCAAGGCGGCGGGCCAGCAAAGCUAAAAGGGGCUGCAACAGAAACAGCCAAGUCAGAAACCAAAGCGGUGUCCGCGCCCGCCAAACUUGCGCCUUCGUCCAAGGGAAAGGAGUUGAAACCAAAAGCGUCUCCGUCAAAGCAAAAGAAAUCGACCACCGACGACGAUGGCAACGAAAACGAUGUCCAGCCUGUGCAAAGCCAGCGCGGCCGGCAAACGCGCAAGGUGAUUGAGUUGGACUCGGGUUCCGACAUCGAAGAAGUGGUGGCGCCGCCCAAGAAGCAGCCAAAGACAACGACCAAACCCGUACAAACGGACUCUCGAAAACCACAACCUGUUGCUGGUGCAGUUCCCAAGAAAGAGCCUGCCAUUCAAAAAUCGUCGACUAAAGUGAAAGCAGAGGUUGAAAACGACGCGUCGGACUCCACGAAUAUCCAAGCGGUGGCGACGCGGGUGCCAGAAGGCCGCCCGGGGUGUUUGGACGGCCUAACGUUUGCCUUUUCCGGUGUCUUGGCUGGUCUUACCCGAACAGAAGCCGAAAUGACGGUCAAGCGCUAUGGCGGGAGUGUGUCGGCUAACAUCACAGGCAAGGUCAAGUACCUCGUGGCUGGAGACAAGCUGGAGAACGGCGGCGGCGUGGCGGAAAGCUCCAAGUACAAAGAAGCUGUGUCUCGAGGCACGCGCAUUCUGACCCAGAACGAAUUUUACAACUUGAUUUUGGAACGUUCGCAGUCGUUGCCGCGGUCGCCAGCAACGUUUGGCGGCAAAGGCAAACAAAAAGCAAUGGUCGAGCCCACGAACGGCAACGCGAUGCUGUGGCCAGAUAAACACAAGCCCAAAUCGAUGGCCGACGUCAUCGGGAACCAGGAAAUGGGUCGCAAGCUGGUCCAGUGGCUCAACGACUUUCAUGACGUCCAUGUCACGGGGAGAAAGAAGGUGCCGUUCAACCCCAAGUCUACGGAAAAUCGCGGCGCACGGACGGUGCUGCUGUCGGGACCCCCCGGCAUUGGCAAGACGACGCUGGCCGGCCUUGCUGCCGCCGAAUGCAACAUGGACGUAACGGAACUCAAUGCAAGCGAUGCGCGGUCCAAGAAGAUUCUUCAAGCAGGGCUGAGCGACAUUGUUGGCACGCAAGCGCUGACGUUCGGAUCGUCCCAACACAAUGUCGGCCUCAAAUCUCGAGUGAUCAUCAUGGAUGAAGUGGACGGGAUGUCGUCGGGAGACCGCGGUGGGAUGGCCGAGUUGAUUGCGAUCAUCAAAAAGUCCAAAACCCCCAUCAUUUGCAUUUGUAACGACCGGCAGAGCAUGAAGGUCCGGUCGCUGGCGAACCACGCAUUCGACCUAAAGCUGCGGCGCCCAACCAAGACGCAGAUCGCGACACGACUCCUUCAAGUCGCGGCGCGCGAAGGCCUCCAUGCCGAGAAGAAUGCGUUGGAGGAAGCGGCCGAGCGGUUUGGUAACGACAUUCGGCAGCUCCUCAACUGGAUGCAAAUGUGGCGUCGCAACCAAACGUCCAUGACGUACGACGACGUGGUCAAGCAAUUUUACCAGAGCGAAAAGGACGACGUCCUGCGCCUCAACCCGUUCAGCGCGACGCAGCAGAUUUUUAAAACCGGCGCGUCGUUCAACGACCGGAACGAAGCGUAUUUUGUCGACUACGACUUGAUGCCGCUCAUGGUCCAGGAAAACUACAUGCAGAGCAUCCAAAACAAACGGUGUUCGGCCGACGAAAAACUCGAAUUUGCCGCGUUGGCGACCGACUUGUUGGCUGAGAGCGACCUCGUCAGUGUGUACAUUCGACAGGAACAGAGAUGGGAUCUGCUGACCAAACAAGCCGCGCUCAAUGUUGCUGCGUGCGUGCAUGCAGAAGGGUUUGUCGGCCGUCCCGAAUUCACCAGGUGGAUGGGGAAGAAUUCCACAGCCGGCAAGGCCAAGCGACUGCUGGGCGAGCUAUCGAUCCGUAUGCGCGGCCAUGCAUCUGGCGCGCGCAAUGCAAUUCGCAUGGACUACGUGCCGUACAUGAAGGAAAUUUUCCUGACCAAGCUCUUGUCUGGCGAAGAGAACGUGGAUCAAGUGAUUGCGAUGCUUGAUGCGUGUGAAAUCAGCAAGGACGACUUGACCGACUCGAUGGAAUUUUUCAAGCUCCCGGGGGUCCCGCGCCACACGUACGCCGAGUUGGAUUCGAAAGCCAAGAGCGCGUUCACGAGGCAGUACAACAAGGUCGCCCACAAGUCGCAGGCACUGGUAGAGGCCGAUCUGUUGGCGAAACCUGCCAAGAAAUCGGUCAAGACCAAGGGGGCGGACGACUUGGACGGCGUCGACGGACUGGAUGAAGGCGUCAACGACGACGACGACAAAGACGGCGACGACGACGACACAGACGUGAUGCGGUUUCAAAAAGCCAAGAAGAAAACACCAGUUGCUAAACGAAAGGCUCCCGACGGAUCGACUGCGAGCGCGUCGAAAAAGGGAAAGGCCCCCGCUAAACGUAAAUAAUGAAUCGGGGACGACGUCGUGUGCACCGUGCGUAGUUGUACAAGGGUUACUGGGUCCAAAUUUCCAGGGAUGUUCCGUCCAAAUGACGAGACGAUGCAAAGAUGGUUGUGACGUCGUCAAAACUUCAAAGCAGCAGCCGACCGUCGAUGGACUUUUUUUCGACGGAACAACAGCGAGACAACUACCCAAAGGAGCGGAAAAAUCUCAACUUUACAUGCGUCAAUCCACCAUGUCCACAUUCUCCUGGGACGUGCCGCCGUCCUUGC